UCUCUCGCUCCCGUCACAUUGUCCUACGAUAGUUUAAUUAUAGAUACGCUGCCUGUACGGGCCUAGGCUCGCCCAAAAUAAUGAUUGGAUCAGCGUUUGCGUUCCCUCCUCGCGCUCCUUUUUCCCCCGGGACACUUGCGGUGCAGUGUUUCUGGACGUAUCCCCGCCGUACGAGCGAACGGAACGAACAGCUGUCGUUCCGGGACCCCGAAGGCAAUACGUGGAAAUUGCGUUUAUCUUCCCAGUUUCUCGCCGAUACUGGCUCAAGUACCGUUCGCCACUUGAACACGGCAAUGUACAUUGUAGGGUACAGAUUCAACUUGAAAUAUUGAAGUUGUAUAAUGGGAGAAAGGGAGCAAACGCUGAUCUAAAAAGAUUCUUUGACAAUAUAUGGACAAAACUCAAUGUAUUAAAGAAUCACAGUUAUGGAACGAUACAAUGAUAUAAGUGAUGGAGAUAUUAAUAUAAGUGAUAUCAUUGACGUCAUUCAAACGACCGAUCCUGGUUCUAUGGCCACCAUAGCGAUGGACAACGAACACGUUCAGCCUCACGUUGAGAUUUUAGAACAGCCGGCCAGUAAAGCGCUACGGUUUCGCUAUGAAUGCGAAGGCAGAUCGGCUGGCAGCAUACCUGGUAUCAACAGCGCUCCGGAGAACAAAACUUUCCCUAGUAUACGAAUCGUGGGUUACACGGGUCGUGCUAUGGUGGUUGUAUCCUGCGUAACAAAGGACGCCCCAUAUAGACCUCAUCCGCACAAUCUUGUCGGCAAAGAAGCAUGCAAGCAAGGCGUUUGUACGAUCGAAGUUCCGGCGGGAAAUAUGGUUAUUUCCUUCUCAAAUCUGGGCAUUCAAUGUGUAAAAAAGAAGGACAUCGAAGAAGCUCUCAGAGUGCGUCAGGAUUUACGAGUAGACCCCUUUCGAACUGGUUUCGAACAUAAGAGACAUCCGACUAACAUUGAUCUAAACGCAGUGAGAUUGUGUUUUCAAGUUUUCUUGGAAGGACAAAGGGGAAAAUUCAACAAGCCAUUACCGCCCGUCGUGUCUGACCCUAUUUAUGAUAAAAAGGCAAUGUGUGAUCUUGUGAUUUGCAAAUUGAGCCAUUGCAGCGCAUCGGUCGCUGGUGGGAUGGAUAUGAUUUUGCUGUGUGAAAAAGUCGCGAAAGAAGAUAUACAAGUGAGGUUUUUCGAGGAGAGAGACGGACAACUACUGUGGGAAGGAUACGGCGAUUUUCAACCGACACAUGUACAUAAACAAACGGCAAUAGCAUUCAGAACGCCUAGCUAUCGUACGCAGCAAGUGGAACAGCCAGUGCAAGUAUAUAUCCAACUUAGAAGGCCAUCGGAUGGUACUACGAGCGAACCGCUACCGUUUCAGAUGUUACCACUAGGUACAGGUAGGCCUGCUUUCUGGUCUUUACGGAAAGCAUUUGCCAGGAAGAAGGCAGAUUACAAUACCUUCAGUAAAAUCUUGUCUACAGAGACUGCUCUUCUUGCCAACGUAACUCCUAAAUUUUCUCGUAAUAUCGACGAAUUCAACAAUAAUGAUCUGGACGCGAAAAGACCGAACGAUAAAAUCUCUGCAUUGCGUGCUUUAAACGAUUUGUAUAACGUAAAACAUCACGUAGAUCUGUGUAAUGGCGAUUUAAAGGCAUUAAUAAAUUCUGCACAGAACGUAGAUCAAUCCGCGAAGAAUACCGUUUUGGAUUGUGAGAAUAAUGAAAUAACGAUAAUCCCGGGAAGAAAUGCGGAAAAUAAUAAAGAAAUUAGCAAAUUGUAUACCUUUGGCGAUAAUAAUGUAGAAAAUAAUGCAUUUACUGCCGAUUAUAAAGAAGGAACUAUAGAUGCGAUUCUUUAUGCGAAAUCCAACGCACAAGAAGGCAGCACAUCCGCGUCGAGAAAUGUAGAUAAUUCGAAGGGUAGGUCAGAUUGGUUCGACUAUUCUGAAAUAGGUAAAUGGGUACAGAAGGGACAAGCGUGCCUUAAGGAAAAGACUAAUGAGACAGAGACUAAGAACGAGACAGAUGGUGGCAAUAAAUCGUUUAAUGAGUUUUUGUCGCAAGUGACCGAGCUCGAUCAAAUUUAUGCUGAUACACAUAACAAAUUGAUACAAGCUACUACAGAUACGAACGUGAAUCCACAAAUGAUGGACAUUGAUGUCUGCGACAAUCAGACCUAUACCAGUUUACAAAUGGCCAUGAAAAAUCCGAUAGAAUUGUUCGAUAUCACCGAUGACCGAAAGUACGAAGACGUAGCCGUCCCGAAACAAGAUGCGGAAGUACCCGUUGCGUCUCCAACAUUAACAGCUAAGAGAGACGUAAUGCACGAGGCGGAAGAAAGAUUGCCACCCUUGCCUCCGAAGCGAAUACGCAAAAUGCCGUCGAUGCCUCUUUUGCCGCGUCCGAUAUCCGCUCAAACGCUUACUACCUCCUCUCCCGAGGCGCCGAAUAAAAAUUUGCCGUCCUUACCCGGCACUUUGUCGAAACACGCGAGACAAGGGUUAUUUUCGAAAUUAUUUGCUAAAAAGAAUAAAAAAGACAAGUGCUCGGAAUCAGAUCUAAUUGUAAGCAAAGACAGUGAUCCAUCACUGAAUACCUCAUAUUUAUUGAAGAGCUCCGUACAAGAUGCUGCGCAAUCACAAAUUCCACGUUCUAGUAUGACGAGUGUUACGAGUGUUAAAUCUCUCAAGUUAGAUGACGAUGACACACCACCGUAUGGUGCAGAUUUAACUGAAGCUGAGCAUUAUGCUCUCUACACUACUAUGGCACCACGCGCGACUGCCUCAGAAUUUGACGAGAUGUCUUUUUAUUAUAGUCUAGUCGAGGGUGGGAAGAUAUUGACAGAAGCGAAAGAGACCUAAAUUAUCUAAUUGAUAGAUAUUUUAUUGAUCGAAUUGAUACUUCUUCUUUGUUUAUAUACUGCCAAGUUGAAGAUAACUCAAUAUUUGUACAUGAAAUGAUAUUGUUUGAGCCUGACCGAUUUUAUAUGUCGAAAUGUGAGAAAUAUUGUCUUGCAUUGCUAUAAGCUUUUAUUACCGUCAGUUCUUGUUGUAAAUUUGCAGUUUUGAUGUGACACUCAUUUAAGGAUAUAUUUUUAUCUUUAAACUGAAAAAUUUUCCUCGGAGAACGAGAAAAUCCCCUUAGAGAGUUAUUUCCUAAGACAUGUUGCCACAUAAAAUGAAUCGAUUCUUGUAAGAUCGACGCAUUUAUCUAAGCGUGCAGAAUUUUAGUCUAGUCGAAGUGCAAUUUGUUACCUUUUUCUUGAUAUUUCCUAUUAACGGUUUUUACAAAUGAUUUGUAAGUUUUCUAUAAUUGUUAUUUAUUAUAUCAAUUAACUAACUACUCUUUUCUAGUCAAGUUCGAUGCUGUUAUAUUUUCGUAUACUCUCAAUGUAGGUUGCUUUACUAUUUGUUGUUAAGUUUUAUAUGAUAUUACGAGUUUAUGCGAAUGUCUUUUCCUUCUCGUGUUGUUAUAGACUGCUAAUUUUAAAAACGUCUCGACGAAAAGUUCUUAGCUCAGUUUGUCCCGAGUUGAAUCUCUUUUUGGAGUACUUAAUUAAUGUGCGCUAAGAAAAUUUGUAAGGUUCAAAUACAUGAGGCCUUCUUCAUUCGGAGCAAUUGUACGCGAUGUUAACG